AAAUAUUCCUGGUGGUUGACAACUGUCUUUAUCAUGCUUUAUUGACAGCUGUCAAUCUCACAUCGUCAUUUGAGAUGUACCAUAUUGCAUGGCAACACUUUGGGUUGGCAAGUAAGCACCCAAAAAUAGGCCCCACUACCGAGGUGUCGGCAAAAAAAACUUGUCACGAAAAAAGGUUCGGUUGACAGCUGCCAAUUGCAAUUCCACCCCUCUAGUAACCUCUCUCUUUUCUGUCUCUUCUUCUGUAUUCGUGCGUAUUCCUCUUCAGUCAUGUCUCGUCUCCCCACCCUAAAGUGUUGCUACCAGCCAAAACAUUGAGUUGCCCACCGCUCAACCCCCAGAACCCCCCUAAAGCCUCCCAAACCGUUAGUGCCAUGAACCCUGUAGACAUGCCAGAGCCCAAGGACAAUUUUUCCAACUUUCUUACCGCUAUGCUGCACAGCCAAAUGAGGGUAUUGGACAACACAUACCUCGAACUACAAAAGACCUACCACAAGGUCCAGAAGCUCAUGAAAGAACAUAAGGCUAGAGAACUAGAGUUGAUUAAGAGGGAAGAAGAGACUUUGAGACAGAUGGAAGAAAAGGACAGACAACACAAGAGAGAAGUUAACAUGCUCAAGCAACAGUAUGAAAUAUUGCAGACACAGAAGAAGCUGACGGACUCAAAAGUGCAGGUAGAAAACUUGGAAGGCCAGCUGAAGGAAACUAAGGAACAGUACACUGGUCUGGAGAAGAAAUACCACAAGGCCAAGAAGCUCAUAAAAGAAUACCAUGCAAGCUGUCGAUCUCACAUCGUCAUUUGA